UCUCUCUAACUCUCUUCCCGAUCAAAAAGCCAUUCCUUUUCCUUUUCCUGAUCCAUUUCCCUCUUCUCCUCUUCAAAAUCUCUCGUUCGUUCCCUUCUUUAAUUGGAAGCGCUUCGGCGCAAAUCGCGACGGCGCUGCUGGGCGAAUCUCCUCUCGCAAAAAAGAAGCGUUCUUGCGGUGGGAAGAUCGAGAUCCGCCGAGGUUCAUUCUCUCCCUUCUUUCCUUGCUUUUGGGGGUUCAAGAAUUCGUCAGGUUCCGAUCACUCUUCGCUGCGAGAGCGCUGCUUGAUCUUUGCAGGUGGUUCUUUAGAGGGAAAGAAACGAUUUGGUUAAGCGGUGGCAAUGGCUGAUGAUUUCGGUGGCCAGGCAUUUGAAUUCCAAGCAAUAUCUCCGCAGCAACUUGCCGGCUCCCCUUCGCCUGGCAUUUUCCGCGAGGGGAUUCAAGAAUCGCCAGAUUACAUCAGAGAAACCCCUCAGCGGAACAAGGUCGCACCCGUUGAGCUCUUCCCUGGAAGUCGCUUCGACGGCUUCACCUCUGAUAGCAGGACGGAAUUAAGAACGGCAGAGGCAUGCCCAGAAAAAGAUAGAAAGUUGGACAAAGACGGUGCUUUUGAAGCUUCUAUCGAGCUCGGGGUGAUACCAGAAAUCCAGGAGAGAUCGUUGAGUAUAAAUGCAGGAUGUGUGGAUGAGUUCGUGGUCUGCGGUGGCAUCGAAUUUGAACUGGACAGGUUUUACUCUGGUGGAGAUCCUGUAAAAACUGAUGCUGUGGUUGGGGACGGCACACCGGAACUAUACCAGUAUGCUCGAUUUGGGAAUUUCUCAUACCAAUUUCCUGAACUCGAGGCAGGAGAUUAUCUUGUUGAUCUUCAUUUUGCUGAGAUUGUGUUUACUGAAGGACCUGCAGGAAUGAGAGUAUUCGAUGUUCUUAUACAGGAAGAUAAGGUAGUUGCCGGCCUAGAUAUAUAUUCUCGGGUUGGAUCAAACCGGCCUCUGGUUUUGUCAGAUUUGAGAGCUUCAGUUGUUCACGAGCAGGGAUUAUCGAUUAGAUUUGAAGGGGUGGUAGGACACGCUAUUGUGUCUGGUAUUUCAAUUCGACAGGAUUUUUCUGCAGGCGAGACAAUUAAGAGAACACCAGGGAAGCAGAAAGAAGUAUCGGACAGGGGACUGGAGGAAUGUGUCAAAUGCAGUAAACUCGAGGAAGACUAUCGAUUGCUCAUUACUGAGCAAACAGAAUACAGAGGAGCACUGGAGAAUCUCAAAAGGGAUAAUGAACUUAAGAAUAAAGAAUGCCAUGAGGCAAGGCUGUUAUUGCAGAAGCUUCAAAUGGAGCUCAUGCAGAAGUCAAUGCAUGUUGGUUCUUUAGCUUUUGCAAUAGAGGGACAAGUGAAGGAGAAGAGUCGGUGGUUUCAGUCCCUUGCUAACUUGAGUGAGAAAUUUCAUUUGCUGAAGCUAGAGCAUGUCAAUCUAUCGGGGGAGGCAUUAGAAUUUAAGAGGUGUCUUGCGGAUAUUAGCCAUGCAACAACCAUAAUUCAAACCUCACUAGAUCGUCAUGUCAACGUAGAGAAGGAGAUUGAAGAUCUCAAGCUCAGGUUCAAUGAGGAGUCAAAAGAAAAAAAAGACCUAUACAACAAAGUUAUAGAGCUGAAAGGAAACAUUAGAGUAUUCUGUCGUUGUCGACCUCUUAACACGGAAGAAAAAACUGGAGGGGCCUCCAUGGUUGUUGAUUUUGAAUCUGCAAACGAUGGCGAGCUUAUCAUCAAAGGUCAUGUAUCUUCCAGUAAGGCCUUUAAGUUUGACUCUGUGUUCAGUCCUGAAGAUGAUCAAGAAACUGUUUUUCAGAAGACUGCACCUUUUGCAACAUCGGUGUUGGAUGGAUACAAUGUCUGCAUAUUUGCAUAUGGACAGACAGGGACAGGCAAAACCUUUACGAUGGAAGGAAAUGAAGAAGCUCGUGGAGUCAACUAUAGAACACUUGAGGAAAUAUUUCGAAUAAUAAGAGAAAGACAAGGAUUAUAUCAUUAUGAAGUCACUGUAAGUGUACUAGAGGUCUACAAUGAGCAGAUCCAUGAUUUGCUUCUUUCAGGAUCUCAACCUACUGCAGCUGCAAAGAAGCUAGAAGUAAGACAAGUUACAGAGGGAGUUCACCAUGUUCCAGGGCUAGUCGAAGCUCAUGUGACCAACAUGACCGAAGCUUGGGAAGUUCUACAAACUGGCAGCAAAGCAAGAGUUGUUGGUUCGACUAAUGCAAAUGAGCAUAGCAGCCGAUCACACUGUAUUCACUGUGUGAUGAUACGAGGAGAGAAUCUAGUGAAUGGAGAAUGCACAAGAAGCAAAUUAUGGCUCAUUGAUCUAGCUGGUAGUGAGAGAGUCGCAAAAACAGAUGCUCAAGGAGAACGCCUAAAAGAGGCACAAAACAUCAACAAGUCACUUUCUGCAUUAGGCAAUGUGAUAUCAGCUCUUGCAACUAAAAGCCCACAUGUUCCUUUCAGGAAUUCAAAGCUUACCCACUUACUUCAAGACUCCCUAGGUGGGGACUCGAAGACUUUGAUGUUUGUGCAGAUUAGCCCAAAUGAGGAUGACAUAGGCGAGACACUUUGUUCUCUUAAUUUUGCAAGCAGAGUCAGGGGAAUUGAACUUGGUCCUGCCAAAAGACAAAUUGACAUGAGUGAAAUAUUCAGAUACAAACAGUUGGUUGGUAAGGUCAAGGAGGACAGCAAGCUGAAAGAUUCUCAAAUGAAGAAGCUGGAAGAGACAAUUCAAUCUUUGGAAAUCAAAAACAAGGCAAAAGAUAUGAUCAAUAAAAAUCUUCAAGACAAAGUUAAGGAACUGGAAUCACAACUAUUGAUUGAAAGAAAGUUGGCAAGACAGCAUGUCGACAACAGAAUAGCUGAAAAUCAACUACAGCAGUUGCAGCAACAACAACGAAGGGAACAACAUGAAGAAAACAUCUCAUCGGCUAAAUCUUUUCUUGUCACUCGUCCACCAAUCGAGAAAAUCCACACUCAUGUCAUAGAAAAAGAAACAUGUAAAGAAUUUGCAGAUAUGAUGCGGCCACUUGCUGAUAACAAUUGCAACAGGCCUUUGCUGCAGUCUCCAAAUGACCACAUCAUCUUCAAGAACUUCCUCCAGUUUAGAGACAAGGAAAACAAGCCAGAGAUUGCUGAAGAGCCAUUCCCGAGGAAAGCCAGCAGGGUUUCCCUUUGUCCUACCAUCCGUGGUGGUCUACCUGUCACCACAGCACCACGCCGGAACUCCCUUAUUCCCCUUCCAAUGGCAAAAGCCCUGAUCAAUGCCAUGGACAACCUUUCACCGCCAUUACCUUCACAAGCUCAACCUACCCUCACAACUGUUGGUGCAUGUGAAGGUGAAACUCGCAGCCAGCAGAGAAGUGCUAAGAAGAUCAACAGCAUUCUUCGAAGAAGCCUGCAGAAGAAGGUGAUCAUUAGGCCUCAACUGCCCCAGACAAUUAGAAGGGGAGGAACGCUUUCUGGGCUGGAUAAGCUAAGACUUUCGGUAGGUCGCAGCGGAAGGAAGGCAAGGAGAAUGGUUCUGGGUAAUGCCGGCGAUGGUGAUCGAGUAAUGCAGCAGAAACAGAAGAAAGAAAAGGAGAGAGGCUGGAACCAUGGUGCAACAACAGCACGAAACAUUUUCUGACAGUUGAACUGGUUUACCUCCAUCAGUUAUUAUUAGCUCGGAGGGGAACUAACAGUUUGUAAUUACUAGUGGUUCAGUUGAUUCUGCUACAUGCAGCCUCAGCAUCUGAACUAUGACCUCUAAUGUCAACUUUGAUAGAACUUGUUGUCAUAUUCUGAACAUUUUCCUAUGAGUAAAGUGAAGAGUUUGUCAUAAA